GACCACCUCCGAGACACAUUGUCGACGUGCACUCUUCCGACAUCCCAACAGCGCAGCCUUUCUCUUUACACGCAACAGAUACCUCUCCGAUUCAUGCCACGUCGACGCCGACCUCCACGCCCUGGCGCGCUUGCGGAUCUCUCUCCGACCCGCAUACUUACGCAGAUCGUACUCUUACAACUCGCAUAUUAUGCAUGCGCUGGAAUCCUUAUCGUUUUCACCGCGCUGGUCGCUGGGAAGGAGGUCACCACAGACCUGCUUCUGAGUUGGCGAAGUCUUCGAGGGGAUACUACAGUUGGAUGGACGCUGGGGCUUGUUUGGGUGCUGAACAGUCUCGCAUGUGCCGUAUUUAUACUUCUUCUGAUCGCGCGCUCGAAACUCGUCUUGGACUUCGCACUCACUAUACACUUCAUACACCUCGUCAUCACCUCUCUCUAUUCGCAUGCGAUACCGACCAACCUGUUUUGGUGGGCGCUGCAGAUUUGCAGCGCAGGCGUCAUGACCUCUCUCGGAGUAUGGGCUUGCCAGUGGCGAGAGCUACGCCCCAUCAACUUUGGAACAAAGCCCGCCGCCCGUCCAACGAAUAAUGCCGCCGAUGAUGACGGCGUGGGUGAGACGAGAGGACGCGGUCGAGGGAGAGGGAAAGAUGGCGCUGGCGAUUAUGAGAUGGUUAAUUUGCCAGGGGACGACAGUAAUGUCUAA